ACUUACCAAACGUGGAAAAAGGUUCUCAGGUUGAAUGAAACCAAAGACCCUUAGUACAAAGCACUCCAUUUAGUGGAAACCAUCACUGAUACUCAUCCUGAGAACACCGUUCACAUAAUGAAGCAUGGUGGUGGUGGAAUCAUAUUGUGAGGAUGCUUUUCAUCAGCAGACACUGGGAAACUGGUGAGAGUUUAGGGGAAAAUGGAGAAGAAGCAUACUGGCAAAGCCAGUUUGAAUGUUUUAGAAUGUCCGAAUAAAUGCCCAGACCUCAAACCAAUUGAGAAGCUAUGGCAUAAUUUGAAAAUGGAGCUUCAGGUAGUUACAUCAAGUACAAUUGCAGCUUGCAAAUGUAAAGGGCUGCAGUGCCUUUCAGCCAAGGAAAAUCUUCUUAAUAUCCUGUACAACAGCCGGUCAUUUUCUCUGGCUUGUUGUGGGAAAUCAUUUACAGACAGACAGCACAUCAUGGUGGAUAACUUUAGUUGGCCAGCAUGGGGAUUGAACCCAUAACCUUGGCAUUAUUAGCACCAGUAGCACCAAUUACAUCAAUACAAAUAAGCAAAUACAAAACAAAAUGAAAGCAAAAUGCAAGUCCUCACUCCUCUGUCUCCUUUAAAAAGAGAAAAUAAAUGAAUCAACCAUUUUGUCACUCUUUUUUUAUUCCCCUUUUCACAGUUAAAUCAGAUGCAUUUAUGACAAAGAACUGCACAGAUGCAGAUGUCACGGCUGUGGAUUUGAGAGGAGAUGACUGCUGGAAGUCAAAGAUGUCGUAUUUAAGUCUAUGUUCUGCUUGUUCAACAGUUGUUUGAGAAACUGCUAUUAAACACAUUCGGACAGAUUUGAAGAGCUAGUUUUAUUCUUAAUUCUUAUCGUUUUCUUUAUGGGGCAUCAGAAAUUCAGGCAAACCGGUAUACCGUCUUCUAACAGUAAAACUAAUGAUGUUUUCCAGCUGUAAUUCUAACAUGAACAAGAAGCCAAGUACAACAUGGCAAGCACAACAUCACACACGAUACUCUUGGCAAACUUAUUAAUACAUUCAAAAAGACUGGAAGUGUUUCAGACCAACAGAGAAGUGGACAUUCACGAACACCUGGUGCUGGCGUACAUAGUAUGUAUCCCUAUGUAUGGAGACUUUUGGGACACCCUGUAUAUUCAAAUACUACUGCUUUUACACUUCACUAAUCUGUAUACUAUAUGUGAUACCAUAUGUAUCACAUGAAUGUAAUACAGUAAAUAUGAUAUAAAUGUAAUCUGCAGAGUUAUUCUAACUACUUUGAAUAAAUGUCAUAGGCCGAAAUCAGUGGACGUUUUAACUGCUGUUUUGCUAAAGCAGUUUAGGUUUAAUUAUCUAGAAAAUAACACACUACUGAGUUACCUCCACAAAAUCAAUAUCUUCAUUAAAUAAACAUUUCUUUCUUUUCUUUUUUUUGUUUGUGUGAACACACCUAUAUGAAAUGUGAAUAUGUUUUCAAAUGAUGCAUUUUUCAGCACAUUUGUGUAGUAGCACCAAUGAAAACUUUAUGGAUGUCCAUGUAAACAUUCAUAACUUCCUGAUGAAUGUGACUGUGUUGUGCAUUGUGAUUAUGUCAUUAUGUCGUGCAGAAAACUGCAGAAAAUAUGAUAUUUCUCACAUGAUAAUGACUUAAAUGUCUGGAGUUUACAUGAAUUGAUAGUGGAGUGAUGGGGGGGGGAGGGGGGUUGCUAGGUGUUGUUUUUUGAAUAUUAGAAUAGAAUAGCAUAUGCUCACACAGUGACGUUUUUUGUUUUUUUUUUAAACAGAUACCAACUUCUAGCACUUUCCAACUCAUAACUCGCCUGCGAUCGGAUCCUUUCAGCAAACCUCACAUCUCUUAAGCAAAUCUUUACAUUUCUGAACAUCUCUAUUCGCCUUUUUAACAUCUUUACCACUAAUCUGAGCAUUUUCCCACACGGAUAUCAUCUUCUGAAGAAAUGCCGGAUUACACAAGCGGUGAUUCGUCCAACUCUGGACCGUGGAUUGAGGCUGGUGACUUCCAGCACUUUGUCCCUGACCCCCAUGUGUACCCCCAGAAACAUGACUUGACCCCCAGCACUCAGGGCCAGGCGUAUUACAGCCUGCCUGCCCAGCCGUAUUACACAAGUAGGGAUUCGUCCCACUCUGGACCGUGGGUUGAGGCUGGUGAUGUCCAACACGUUGUCCCUGCGCCCCACGUGUACCACCAGGAACAGGACUUCACCCCCAUCACUCAGGGCCAGGCGUAUUACAGCCUGCCUGCCCAGCCACAGCCGUAUUAUGCAAGUUGGGAUUCGUCGAGCUCUGGACCGUGGGUUGAGGCUGGUGAUGUCCAGCACCUUCUCCCUGCCCCCAGUGUGUACAACCAGGAACAGGACUUCACCCCCAUCACUCUGGGCCAUGUGUAUUACAGCCUGCCUGCCCAGCCACAGCCGUAUUACACAAGUAGGGAUUCGUCCAACUCUGGACCGUGGGUUGAGGCUGGUGACGUCCAACACGUUGUCCCUGCGCCCCACGUGUACCACCAGGAACAGGACUUCACCCCAAUCACUCAGGGCCAGGCGUAUUACAGCCUGCCUGCCCAGGUGUAUUACCCCAACUGGGACACUUUCUCCUGCUCUGGACCGUUGGUUGAAGCUGGUGACCUGCCACACCCUAUCCCAUCCUCCCACGUGUACCACCAGGAGCAGAUAUUCACUCCCAGCACUCAGGGCCAGAAUAUCUGGGGACCUAGUAGAAGACAUCAGGGCCACAGAUCCAUAGACCAAGUCCCUACUGAGUUAUAAUGGACUUUUAAAUAAGGAUUUAUAUAUAUAUAUAUAUUUUUUUUUUUUUGUAAGAAGAACAUAUUGAAAUCAUUCUCCUGGCUGGAUCAGGAAGCUGUCGCAAGGUUACGAUGGACUUUAACAGGAAACAUGGCGAGCACAUCACACACACGAACGACACUGUUGAAAAACUUAUUAACAAAUACAAAUAGACUGCCGACCAACCGAGACGUGGACGUCCACGAACAUCCUCUGACGAAGGCACAACCGACGUGGUGCUGGCAAUCAUAGUCCCUUAUGUAUGGAGACUUUUGGAACAUUCUGUAUAUUCCCCAAGUAACUGAUUUACUACAAAUCAAGGACAGACAAACAA